AUGGACGAGGACACGGCGUGCUACGUGUUCGAUGCGACUCCCACUUCGCCCCUCACCCUGCCGCACUCGCCGGGCAACGCACAAGUGCCAACAAGCGAGGAGCCACCAACGGGUGGUGCACCAGAGUCGGCCUACGGCUGCUACGGGUUUCGUCCCUCAUCCGUCUAUCUCGGUACCGAAGACGACGACAACGAAGCCGAAGAAGCCGAAGACGAGGAGGAUGGCGGCGAUGGUGACGAAGAGGUGCAUUUCGAUCUCGCCUACCAGGUGACCGAUGGCGAGCCCGAGAUCGCGGACGACGGCGACACGACUCGAGUUGAGCGCAUCGGCGGCAACUCGUACGUCCUGGAUUCGGCCGAUACGUCGCCGCGGGACCACGCCGACGACGACCGUAACGAGCCGGUCGUGGAGAGCGGCGGAGCCUACGUGCUGGAUGCGGUCGGCGCCAUCCGCGCUAGCAAGAACGUUCUGCGCAGCGGAGGUGGUCACAAGCAGAAGCAGCCGCAGCAGCAGCAGCGUGACGACCUCGUCGGCUCUUCGUCGGUGGUCUACACCAGCACGUUCGACGCCGAGAGCGAGAACGAGCGCGAGGACGCGUCGACGCAGCUCCACCAGAGCGCGAGCCCUCGGGGCUCUACCACCGGUAAGCGCGACUACUCGACCGCGCGGGAGUCCCAGGAGCAGCGGAAGCGGCAGCACCUCGGGCCGCGCGGAGCGGCCGCCACAGGCCUGGGCCAGAGCGACACGGCGAUGUCGCCGCGCAUGACGCAGCAGGAGAGGAAGGACCUGCAGUGGAACGAAGUCUUUCAGCAGCUCCACGGCGAGAUGCGGGCGCGGCACAGGGAAGGCCGGCCCUCGCUCGAGGUCUACACGAAGCUGAGCCACCACGCCCACGAUUUCCUCAGCGCCGCAGAGACGUACGGCAAGAUCAUCAUCAGCGAGCGGUACCUCUCCAACGACCUGAAGACGAUCAAGCCGGUGGACAUGGGAGGCGCUGCGGGCGGGACCAAGUACAUUUGCAGGGGCAUCCUGUUCAAGUUCUCGGUGGACACCAAGAUUCGGGGCGCGACGAAGCUGGUCUACAUGUACGGCGGCAAGAAGCCCUGCGACGAGAAGGCGAUGAAGGCGGGCGGCCACGAGCUGAAAGGACUGGAGGGCUACUUCCACAGCGGCGUGGACGCGCUUCACUGUCCCCUCAUGGUGAUCAUUGACUUCAGAGGCUACCGACUGACCGCCAUGUCCACGCUCCCAAUCGGCAUCGACACCCUGCUCUAUGGCUCCGGCGACGCUGGCAAGACGGUGAAGGCGGACAACGUGCUGCUGAACGAGGCCAUGGAAAAGGCCGGCGAGCACCUAAACCUGGCGUCUCAUCUGGUGGGCGACAAGAUGAUCACCGGACCCGGCGAUAUCGAAGGCCACCUGGGACGAGACGGGCGCUUCUAUGUGAUUGACUAUGCGCGGACAUUCCCGCCCGAAGGCCCGCCUCCCAACCUGGACGGGUGGGACCGUAGGUCGGUCUUUUACGAGCUGCUGCGGCCGGAGCUGGUGCAGCGAUAUCCGCGCCAGUUAUCUUCAGACGCCUUCUCCAACUGGCAGCUGCACGAGCCUCGCAUGAAAACGCUCAAUGACGAGGUGACAAAAGCGCGGCACUACCUCCACCACGUCGUCAUCCCCGAGUUUGCGGAGAAGCUCAAGGACCCCCAGUUCACCGAAUCUUUCUUCCCCUCCGUCUACCACCCGUCCUUCAUCUUCAACCAAAAGCGACGACACCGACAGCAGCUGAUAAUGGGGCGGUCUGCGCAAUGGAACGACGAAAAGGACGAAACGUUGCUGUGCUAUUCGCUGCACAAGCACGGCAUCAACGUGCGCCACCUCGGCCGGCUCAGGGCGUGCCUGCUGGCGGACACGUCGGUUGAACCGAGCGCUGCCGCGCCCGAGGGCGUGGACACGCGAAACGUGGGUGCUCUCGCCUUCCUAGGUCCGCCCGGGGGCUCGCAGAUCUCGCCGCUUGCCAAAAUCAAAGCGCUCCUCCUGGCGGAGAUGGCGGCCCGCGUGAUCAAGAACCUGGCCCGCAAGAAGAUGAGACGCCUCUUCCGCAAGUCCAAGCUACCCUCAGAGGAGCCCUAUCGGAAGAUGAUGUCGACAAUCAUCAAUUCGACUCUGCACACCACCCGCAAUCAGCGCUUCUGGGCGCGGAAGGUGAGGAAGCCCCUCAUCAAGAAGUUUGGUGAAUCGGCCCUGGGUCCGGACGAACUCGACGGCGCCACCCUCCGCAAGACGAUCAAGGAGGCCCAGCUCGAGCCCAUUCUCAUUCGCAGUCUGACACGGCACGGUGUGACGUGGCUGGCCAGAGUGCUGGCGAUGCUGGGCAUCUCAAUCGGGGUGGCGGCUUGGACGGCGCUGCUGAACAAUCCCUUCGCGCGCUUGCAGCCCUCCGAUAUCGUCCUCAUCGGAGCUCGCGUCAAGUACCAAUCUGUAAUCGACUACAGCGAAGGUGUGGCGAUGUACUUGGAAGCCAAAAAGCAGCGCAGAAGAAUCGUCAAGGAGCUCACCCUCGAGGAGCACGACACGGACGCUGGAAUGAUUGGGGCGUCGCCUGACGACUUGCGAUUGCUCAGCUUCGCCAACGACAAGCUGCACCUCUCGCUCUCUGUCAACACCCAACACACCGCUGGACGCGUCUACUUGGGCCCACGAGAACUCACCUGGUCGGGCGUGGGAUGCGCGUUGUUGGAGAUGUGCAAACUGGCUAGCGGACCCAUGCAGCAUUACUUGGUCAGGGCCAUCGAGACAUUCGAAGAAUGUUUGGAUGACGACAAUGAGAAAGAUGACCCGCUGCUUCGAUUCAACUACGGCGAGAGUCUUUGCCUGAAGGCCGCCUGGGACUGUAUGGUCUCCAAACAGAGCGUCGCCGCCCACACCGACAUGACGCGCGGCAAGCGCGUGCUGGAGGAGGCCUUGGGCCUUACCGAGACGGGCGACACGAACCGGGCGCGCGUGUUGUCCUACGCCAACACGCUCUACCAGGACUGCCUGGGAUUCUACACGCACUCCAUCGUAAAGGGCCCGCGAAUCCUACCCAUGCAGGCGGCGUUCAUGGAGUUCGGCGUCGAGAUGACCGAUCUCGUCCUGCGCGUGUUCACGAGCGCCGAGCGGAGCCUCACAGGGGAGGAAAAGAACGAAAGCGAAGCCAAAGGCGAAAGCGACAGACCUGCCCAGCAGAAGGAGGUGCUGAACGAGAGCAAGGGCAAGGGGAGCGCGAGCAGCGACUGCGAUGGAAGCGAAAGCGAAGAGAUGGAGGGGAUCGCGCAGCCCAACUCCAGUUCCGCACUCUUCGCGCAGGGCCAGCAGAUGAUUCGAGACGUGCUGAGAGAGGAGCCCACGCUGGCGGUGGAUCUCCUUGCCGAAUGCAGCGGCAGCCUGCGCAGGUACAAGCGCGUCCUGGCCGAGUGGGGCGUACCACACAUGCACAGGCCCGACGAGACCGAGUACCUCAUCGCGAAGCUGCGCGCGCGCACGACGCGCUUCCCACGGCCGGCCAUCGCGGCCAAGCUGGCUGAGGCCGAGGAACAGGCCCGCAUCGACGCGGCGAUCGCGGCCGACCGAUCGUCUGCCACCCCGCCUGCGCCCACCUUUCCGCGCAUGUACCCCGGCCCGACGCCGCCCGCAGAUCUUCCCUGA